GUGCCGCCACUGCUUGCACUACUUAACGAGCGUUUUCUUCUAUUCAGUAUUGAAGCGACUUUGAAACGGUGUGGACAAGUAAAAAUAACAUAUAUAACUUUAUCGAUUGUCACUGCGAAACGCGAAAAAAAUUUGCGUACUAGUUGUACGGUCCUCAUUCACAAAGUGAUAAAAACAAGCUCUCUGAUCGACGAGUUAAAAAAUCACGAAAAAAAACAAAAUGGCGCACGAUCAAUUAAAUUCCGGCAUGCGUUGUGCCAAAUUUAUGCUAGUUAUUGUUAGCUUUAUGUUUGCGCUCACCGCAGUAUUGCUCAUUAUGGUCGGCUCAACAAUUCAGGCGAUAUUCGGCGACUUCAGUCAGUUCAUUGACGGUCACUUCUCCUCACCACCAGCAUUGCUAAUUGCCAUCGGUUUCAUUUUGUUGUUCGUCGCAACAUUGGGCGCUUAUGGUGCGGUCAAAGAGAGUGUUAUGCUAAUCAAUUUGUACGGCGUAAGCUUGUUCUUGGUAUUCAUCCUAGAAGUGGCUGCCGCCAUUGCCGCCUUCGUUAUGCAAACCCAAGUACGUGGCAUGUUGAUGCGCACCAUGAACGAUUCCCUAAUGCAAUAUAAUGACAAUGAGUAUCUGCAAGUCGGUGUGGAUUUCAUGCAAGCUACUCUCGGCUGUUGCGGCGUGAACAGCCCUAUGGACUGGAAGCCUCUAAAUAGCACGGAUAUCGAAAAGAUUGAGGUGCCAUCAUCAUGCUGUGAAGAAUUCUCUCUCGAGGAUAUCAAUACUUGCUUGAGACCUUACGACAGCGGUUGCUUGCCACGUAUGGACUUUAUUAUCUCGCAGAGCACAAUGUUGAUUGCUACCGGCGCCACCACAGUGGCCUUUGUGCAGUUACUCGGCGUACUCUGCGCCUUCAUGUUGGCCAAAACGCUACGCCGCAACAAGUCGAUACGCGCAGCACGUCGCUGGCAGCUACAACAAAGUUUGGGCGUACUCAUUUCAGGUGGAAAGGUAACACCACCAACCAAUUCACCAUUGAACGGCUAUACACAAUUGGAACGGGCUGAACGUUAUAUGGAACAUGAUCCUGUUACGUAUACGCCCAGCAGUCCCAGCGUUAAUUAAAAAUGCGUGGGAGAGAGAGAGAGAGGAGAGGGAGUGCGCAAGUGGCCAGCAAAUAUGAUUGUAACAGUAAAGUGCCUAAACGAAAAUAAUUUUUUUCUCUCAUUGUUUAUUGUAUUAAUAGCAGUUAAUUUUAAAUACAACAACAAUAAAAUUGUAGUACUUAACAAACGUGAGGAUUUGUGCUUAAAGAAUCCUACUUUCUGCAUAAAUCUACAUAUAUGUAUAACUGUAAAGCGUAUAUAUUUAUAGCGUGCAAUUUUAACUAACUGUAUUAGCAAGUAUAUUGUGUCAAAUUAAAAAACAAAAAUAAAAGUUUUAUUCAAGUGAA